AUGGCAGCAGAGAGCGGAAGCGGAGGGCAUCGAAUGAAGAGGAAGAUUGAAGUCAAAAUUGAAGUCGAAGAGGAACAAGAAAAGAAAAAGCCAGAGCCCGAACAGGCCAAGGCGCCAAAGCGAGCAACUAGUAGAAAUGGGCUGGCCCAUCUUAUUUUUUUCAAGUAUAGCAGACGACAAGACGGUGACGAGCAACGAAGACGAGAGGUGGUGACGAGUUCGAGCUCCUCAAAGGACGGAGUUUCUUUUGGGAUUGGCUGCCAUCUCACCUGCCGCCUUUGGUGUCUUGGUCCCUUUCCUCCAUUUGGUCUACGCACCAUGCAAAACGCCCGACCUCAGCCUUGCAUUUCUGUCCAAGAGCCAGGUGCUGCUCGUCCUCUGACAUAUAAUGACGGGCUUCUCCUGCAAGAUGGCGCUGCCAACUCCCAAGCUCCAGUAUUUGAGUCUUCUGGUCCAUUUUCUUCAAUCAAAAACACGCGAAAUGGCUCUGCCGCCGCAGUUCACUCAGCCAUACGGCUUGUUGCCUCCCCCAAGCUGCAUGGCGCUUUUCUCCUGGCAAGCGAUCUGAAACUUCGCGAAUGUGCGACAGUGCCGUUCUGGGAGGACAUUCUAAACUACUACGUUGCCGAUGACGGACUGGCUGUUAAUAGCCAGCAACCCGUUGACGACACCAUGAAAGCCGUGGAUGUUGUGGUGCGAUACUAUGAACAGGCCACGUUCCACGACAUAUUCCUUCUUGUUCUCGAGUGCAAGCGUGCCAAUAAGACCAGAUCGGGGCUCCAGGACUUGCAGGAUCAGUUACAGCCACCUUGUACACUUACAGUCUUGACUUCUAAGGCGGCGCCUCUGCACCAGCCUACGCCUGGUUGA